CCGUGCGUUGAAGAGAGAGAGAGAGAGAGUGCUGUUUUGACCUCUCACUAUCUGGAUCUAGGGUUUCUUUUCGUGACAACUCGUUCAUCCUCACACAAUCAAACCCUAGCUAAAACUGGUUCUGACAUUAUCGAAUCCAAUCGACUCAGCAAUUAUCCAAAGCCGAAGCUUUUUCUUCACAGAUCUAAUAUUAUUACAAUUACACAGCUGACACCCCCGAGAAACCCUAAUUUUCUUUAUUUUUUUUGUUUGUUUAUCUCUCAACAACAACAGAUCAGUAGUACUGUAUAAAUUUGCAAAAAUCGGACGAUGAAUUCACAACAGAAAUUUAAAGGGAUUCAUGACGAUUUUCCAAGAAACAACUCAUUGAUCUCUAUAUGUUGAAUUGAAGAACUCCAUCUUCAGUUUUUAUGCGAAACAAAGAAUCGGUUGUUUUGAAGCGAACUUGAAAGAAAGAUUUUGAAUCUUUUGUUUUGUGACCGACUGAGGUGUUAUUUGUGAAAAUGUAUAAAUCUGUUGUGUAUGAAGUGGAUAAUCUACUCGGAGAAGUAGAGAUUUAUCCUCAGAAUCAGAACGGUGUUCUUAACACGAGGGACAAGGAAAUUCGGAUAUCUCACUACUCGCCACCGAGUGAGAGGUGUCCACCACUUGCUGUGCUUCACGCCAUUACAUCCUGUGGUGUUUGCUUCAAAAUGGAGUCCAAGUUGCAGUCUCAGGACUCUCCGCUGUACCUGUUGCACUCGUCCUGUCUCAGAGAGAACAAGACUGCGGUGAUGUCUCUAGGUAGGGAGGAGCUCCAUUUGGUUGCCAUGCCUUCUAGGAAGAAUAACGGGCAGUGCACCUGUUUCUGGGGAUUUAAUGUCACGUUGGGACUUUACAAUUCUUGCCUUGUCAUGCUGAACCUUAGAUGUCUUGGCAUUGUGUUUGAUCUUGAUGAAACACUCAUAGUUGCAAAUACAAUGCGGUCAUUCGAGGAUAGGAUUGAGGCCUUGCAGCGGAAAAUUAACACUGAGGCAGAUCCUCAACGCAUUUCUGGCAUGCUGUCAGAGGUCAAGCGUUAUCAGGAUGACAAGAUUAUAUUAAAGCAAUAUGCAGAAAAUGAUCAGGUUGUUGAAAAUGGGAGUGUGAUCAAAUCUCAGUCUGAGGUCGUUCCAGCUUUGUCCGCCAACCAUCAACCUAUUGUUCGCCCACUUAUACGGUUACUGGACAGAAACAUUAUCCUGACUCGCAUCAAUCCAAUGAUUCGUGAUACAAGUGUUCUUGUGAGACUAAGACCUGCAUGGGAGGACCUCCGGAACUACUUGAUUGCAAGAGGUCGGAAGCGUUUUGAGGUAUACGUUUGCACAAUGGCUGAAAGAGAUUAUGCUUUAGAAAUGUGGAGGCUUCUUGAUCCUGAUUCAAACUUGAUAAACUCAAAAGAGCUAUUGGAUCGUAUUGUGUGUGUCAAAUCUGGGUCACGAAAAUCAUUGUUCAAUGUUUUUCAAGAUGGGAUCUGUGAUCCUAAGAUGGCAUUGGUAAUUGACGAUCGUUUGAAAGUCUGGGAUGAGAAAGAUCAGCCCCGGGUGCAUGUUGUUCCCGCAUUUGCUCCAUAUUAUGCCCCUCAAGCUGAAGCAAAUAAUGCUGUCCCUGUCUUGUGUGUCGCAAGAAAUGUCGCUUGCAAUGUUAGAGGUGGUUUCUUCAAAGAAUUUGAUGAGGGUCUCUUACAACGGAUUCCGGAAAUUUUGUAUGAAGAUGAUUUCAAAGAUAUUCCUUCUCCUCCAGACGUGAGCAACUACUUGAUUUCAGGGGAUGAUGCUUCAACUUUGAGUGGAAACAAGGAUUCUCUCUUUUUUGACGGCAUGGCAGAUGUUGAUGUUGAAAGAAGAUUAAAGGAUGCGGUUUCAGUUUCUUCAACAGUCCCUUCGACCGUCGGGGAUUUAGAUCCAAGGCUUGCUCCUUCUCUUCGGUUCACUGUAGCACCUUCUUCUAUCUCAGUUCCACCGCCAACAGUGCAAGGGUCAAUUAUGCCUUUCUCCAACAAGCAGUUACCUCAGGUGACUUCAGCAGUCAAACCAUUGGGUGUAGUUGGCCUUCCAGAGGCAAGCUUGCAAAGCUCUCCUGCCAGGGAAGAGGGCGAGGUACCAGAAUCCGAAUUAGAUCCUGAUACAAGGAGGCGGCUUCUUAUUUUACAACAUGGGCAAGACACAAGAGAUCAGGCAUCAAGUGAUCCUCAAUUUCCAGUAAGACCCCCAAUACAAGUUUCUGUUCCACGGGUUCAAGCACAUGGAAGCUGGUUUCCAAUUGAAGAAGAGAUGAGCCCCCCGAGACAACUGAACCUGGUGGUACCACCCAAGGAAUUUCCUUUAAAUUCAGAGGCAAUGCACAUGGAGAAGCAUCGGCCUCAUCAUCCACCUUUUCUUCAUAAGAUGGAGAGUCCUAUUCCAUCAGAUAGAGUUCUUGAAAAUCAGAGAUUGCCAAAGGAGGCUCUUCAAAGAGAUGAUAGAUUGAGACUAAACCAUUCAGUGCCGAGUUAUCAUUCAUUUCAAGGUGAGGAUGCUUCCUCGGGUAGAUCAUCCUCCAGCAACAGGGAUAUUGAUGUUGAACCUGGACGGGUUGACUUGUAUGGUGAAUCGCCUGUUGGAGCUUUACAGGAUAUUGCAAUGAAGUGUGGAACCAAGGUGGAGUUCAGGUCAGCUUUGGUUUCAAGCACGAACGUGCAGUUCUCUGCUGAGGUCUGGUUUGAAGGAGAGAAAAUUGGUGAAGGAAUUGGUAAGACAAGAAGGGAGGCCCGGCAUCUGGCUGCUGAGGGAUCUCUCAUCAAUUUGUCUGAUAAAUAUCUCACACAUGUGAAGCCUGAUUCUUGCUCUGUGCAUGGGGACGGGAGUAGAUUUCCUACUGUGAAUGAAAAUGGUUGUACCAGUGAUGCUAAUUCUCUUGGUUACCAGCCAUUGCCCAAGGAGGAGUCUAUGUCAUUUUCAAUGGCAUCAGAGGCACCCAGGUUUUUGGACCCAAGGCUGGAUGGCUCCAAGAAAUCAAUUGGUUCAGUCUCUGCCCUUAAAGAAUUAUGCAUGACGGAAGGCCUUGGUGUAGCUUUUCAACAUCAGCCUCUAGUUUCAGCUAAUCAAGUCCAGAGAAACGAAGUAUAUGCACAGGUUGAAAUAGAUGGACAGGUGUUGGGUAAGGGAAUUGGGUUAACAUGGGAUGAAGCUAAGACGCAGGCUGCUGAAAAGGCUCUAGGAAGUCUAAAAUCCAUGCUUGGUCAAUAUUCUCAAAAACGACAGGGUUCUCCAAGGAUGUUGCAAGGGAUGCCAAGUAAAAGAUUAAAGCCAGAGUUUUCCCGAGUUCUGCAGCGAAUCCCAUCUUCUGCCAGAUAUCCAAAGAAUCCUUCUCCUGUACCAUGAAAAGCCAGUACAUCUCUUUACCCCUCAUGUUCUGAUUUUGGCAUCUGUUGUGGUAAUUUCUAUCAUACACGACACCCAUAGAAGCAACAGCUUUUGAAAUCCAUGCCCUGCGCUGACACCUCGCCUUUGAGACUUCUUGCCUGGUUCUGAGCAAAGUGCAACUUCCAUCAAUCUUAUUGACCUAAUUUUAAAUUCUCUGGAAGAAAGGGGAGACGCUUGGACUCGCAAUUUCUGCUCUGAGAUGUUCAUUUUGCGGGAUAUCUGGGGAAUGUUGUAUCAGUUUUUUCCCCUCACCGGAAACCUUUUACGACAGAUUGCAUGUAGCUCCCAACUUUUAUGUGGAUGAUGCCAUCGGUCCCAGGAUUUUUUGGUGAGCUUAUCUAUCGGAUCUUCGAGCAGGUGUAGUAUAUGUAAGAAAAAUUACUAACAGAUUAUGGCUUUGACCAAAGGUAGCUUCUGGCUUUGACCAGAAUGUAUACUAACCAUUGUCAGUUUUACUUCCCAUCAAUCAGAGUAGCUUAUUUUCCUUCUUUCCUCCA